AUGGAGUCCAUUCACCAUGUGUCGACCUCGUCGAAGGUCCUCUUCGGUAAAGUCCGCAAGAUCGUACCGCCUAUGCUUGAGAAGUUCCACAAAGGACAACUCGGGCGUGUGGCCGUCAUUGGAGGCUGCGUUGACUACACUGGAGCCCCGUAUUUCUCGGCGAUGGCGUCGGCGAAGCUUGGAUGCGAUAUGAGCCAUGUUCUCUGUGAACGCUCCGCGGCACCGGUCGUCAAGUCCUACUCCCCGAACCUAAUGGUCCACCCAAUUCUGCCAAGCGUGGACACGGUCAAAGAUCCGAAAUCAAUAGACGCGCCGUCCCUUGCCAGCCCAAUCAUCAGCAUGCUCUCCCGGCUCCAUGCGCUAGUAAUCGGCCCUGGACUCGGGCGCGACGAAGUGACACUCAAAGUCGUGGCAGAGGUGAUCAAAGAAGCACGAACGCAAUCCAUCCCGUUUGUGCUGGAUGCAGAUGGGCUUCUCAUUGUGACAGAGAACCCGGACCUGGUGAAAGGGUAUAAGCAGUGUAUCCUAACACCCAACGUGGUCGAAUUCGGGCGCCUAGCCAAAGCCCUCGGAAUCAAAGUCGCCAGUCAAGCGGAUAUCGCCAAGAGCGAGCAAGAUGGCGAUAAAUUGAACAAGGAGACCGGGGCGUGUGAGCAGCUUUCCAAGGCGCUAGGCGGUGUCACCAUCAUCCAGAAGGGUGCUCACGAUGUCAUCUCGAACGGUGUUGCGAGUAUCAUCUCAGAUAUUCGAGGUGGCCUGAAACGCAGCGGCGGCCAGGGUGACACUCUGACCGGCUCGUUGGGGACGAUGCUUGCCUGGCGAGCGGCAUACCAUGCUCGAAUGUGGGACUCGGGUGAGAAAGACAAUGACAAGGAGGCCGAGAACAAGGAUGACGUCCAGGCGGAGCUUGAGGACGAGAAUAAGCGCAUGUCGUCCGCCACUACCCUGCUUCUGGCCGCGUGGGCUGGGAGUGCUAUUACCCGGGAGUGUUCGCGACGGGCCUUUGAGGCCAAGGGGCGCAGCAUGCAAGCGAGUGAUCUGACUGAUGAAGUGCAUGGAAGCUUUAUCCGACUUAUUGGGGAGCCGGAGGCAUCUAAGACUCAUCUUUAG